UCCCUUCUCAACCACACCACUACAUCAUUUCAUCAUGUUCAACCGAAACAAUCUCCCCUCGGUACCGAAUCCCUUCGGAAGUCGACCAGAUGGCGGACGCCCCCUCCGCAAGGCUAUGCGAAUCCCAAUCAAGCCCCUCCACGGUAUGAUCACAGCCGCGCCCACCUGGCCGGUGCUGCAAAUGCAGACCCUAUCCGCGAUAACGAUGUACCGAUGACUGACGCGUCUGCUGAUCCAAGGGGAUACGGAGGCCCGCCACCGCCGGGACGACCACCACAACAGCAGCAGAUGCCGCCGAGAAUGCCGGUCGGAGGACGGCCACCACCCGGUAAUGGCCAGACUUGGACCUUGCAGCCAGACAAGAGUCCGGACACCAAUUAUACGUUUGGGAAUCUUGUCGCCGUGUCACCACAGGAUAUUCCGCCCACGCGAGACCGCAGCGAUAUCCUCGUCCUGAUCAAUGACUUCUUCGUUCUCUCCGCUCGUCCCCUUGAUGGCUUCCCUUCCGGCCGGAUUGGCAUGUCGGAUCCACAGCGGACAUGGGCGAAUAUUGGGUUGCGAGACAUGGUCAAGGUGCAGUUGUACGACCCGUUCAGCCAAGGGGGACAGGCUUAUUUGGGGUCUGCGGACAUCGAAGUCAGCUUUGCAUCGGUGAAGAAGCGGCCGCAAGAGCCAUAUGAUCAGGAUGUGUUGGGACGUGAAGUGAUCCGGGCUUUCAAUAACCAAAUCUUUGCCCCUGGACAACGAAUCCUGCUGGAUGUUGCAAAUGUGCCUCUUCUUUUACAUGUCAAGACUGUCCAGCGAGUGGACCUGACCGCCGAGAAAAUCGAUCUCAGUUCUGGGUUGGAGGAGACGGAUGGCCUGGCUAGGGGAAUCCUCACCACGCACACCCAAUUGAACUUUUACAGGGAUAAAGAGACCGGUAUCAAUGUGAAGUCAUCCAACCGCCGCCCAGCGGCAAACUCCAUCAUUCAGCCCGGUUUCAAGUUCGAGGAUAUGGGAAUUGGUGGUCUGGAUUCCGAGUUCAGCACGAUCUUCCGGCGUGCUUUUGCUUCCCGAAUCUUCCCUCCCGGUCUGGUUGAGAAAUUGGGCAUCCAGCACGUUAAGGGUCUAUUGCUUCACGGCCCGCCGGGAACGGGUAAAACGCUGAUUGCACGACAAAUUGGAAAGAUGCUCAACGCUCGAGAGCCCAAGAUCAUCAACGGUCCUGAGGUGUUGAACAAGUACGUCGGUCAAUCGGAAGAGAACGUUCGAAAGAUGUUCGCAGAUGCCGAGAAGGAGUACAAAGAAAAGGGCGACGAGAGUGGUCUCCACAUCAUCAUCUUUGACGAGCUGGAUGCCGUGUGCAAACAGCGUGGCAGCGGAGCGGGUGGCGGCACCGGCGUGGGCGACAGCGUGGUCAACCAGCUUCUGUCAAAGCUCGACGGCGUUGACCAGCUGAACAACAUCCUCCUGAUCGGUAUGACCAACCGAAUGGACAUGAUCGAUGAAGCCCUGUUGCGCCCUGGACGUCUGGAGGUGCACAUGGAGAUCUCGCUUCCGGAUGAGAGUGGCCGAGCUCAGAUUCUGAAGAUCCACACUGAAAAGAUGCGCACCAACAACGUGAUGGAUACCGAUGUCGACUUGGUCGAGCUUGCGCACUUGACAAAGAACUUUUCUGGUGCUGAGAUCGCGGGCCUGGUCAAGUCGGCUUCGUCCUUUGCCUUCACGCGUCACGUCAAAGUGGGCACGAUGGCCAGCAUCAAUGAAGAUGUGGUGAACAUGAAAGUGAACCGGGCUGAUUUCCACCUAGCUCUCGCUGAAGUGCAGCCUGCCUUCGGUGUGUCGGAAGAAGAACUUUCCAGCCGCAUUCAGUAUGGCAUUAUCCACUACUCGGACACCAUCAAUGAGAUUCUCCGGGAAGGAGAAUUGUUCGUCAAGCAGGUUGGCCAGGCUGCCUCAACGCCUCUCUUUUCGGUCUUGCUUCACGGUCCCACGGGAAGCGGCAAGACUGCUCUAGCAGCGCGCAUUGCCAUCGACUCUGGCUUCCCCUUCAUCAAGCUCAUCAGCCCCGAGGACAUGGUUGGCUUCAACGAGGCGCAAAAGAUUCAGCACAUCACCCGCAUUUUCGACAGCGCGUACAAGAGCCAGACGAGUAUCGUGGUUGUCGACAAUAUCGAGCGCAUCAUUGACUGGGUGCCCAUCGGCCCCCGAUUCAGCAACAGCGUGCUCCAGGCCCUUAUGGUCUUCCUCAGAAAGAAUCCUACCCACGGACGCCGUCUGCUGGUCCUGGCCACGACAACCGAGCGUGCGUUGAUGAAGAACCUGGACAUUUACAACUCGUUCAAUUCGGACAUCAUGGUCCCGAAUGUCAAGUCCUUUAACGAGCUACGGCAUAUCAUGGAGCAAUCCGGAGUGUUUGACUCGCAGGAGAUCAAAACGGCUCUGGACAAUAUCGGCGGCCUGGAUGACUCCAAGUUCAGCGUUGGCAUCAAGAAGAUUCUUUUGGGCAUUGAGACCGCCAAGCAGGAUGUGGAUAAGGUAGGACGCUUUGUCCGUGUCGUUAACCGGGCCAUCGAGCUCGAGGAGGCUGGUGAGUAG